AUGAGUCUUCAAUCGAGUGACGCGUUUUCAACUGAUUCUUCAUUUCAUGAGGAACUGGAAGGUCCAGUAGAAGUCGGAACCCAAGUCGAAAGAGGUGACCUGCUCACUUCUCAACCCAAUGAGACGGAGCUUCCUCGCCGAACAGCCUUCCAACAAGUCCCAACCGCUCGAGCAGGAAAUCGUCAAGACCGCAUAAACCAGCUGGAAAACGAAAUUGCUCUUCUUCUCACAUACCAGGAACUGGUUUUGAAUGGCUCCCAACCGAUUCCCCAGGCGACACAGGAUGCGAUGAGUGAUCAAUUGCGAGCGCUCAUAAACGAACACAAUGUUCUGACCGAAGAGCAAGGAAACGAGGUGAUUGAUAUAGGAAGAUGA